GCUUCGGCACGCGCAGACAGCAGGGAGCAGCCGCAGCAGCAGCAGCGCGAGGACCUCCGGUGCGUUCUACUGCAUCGCCGCCGAUCCGACAUCAAACCGUUUAACUGUUCAAACUCGUAAAGCAACCGUCUCUAACAUUUAAAAAUGGUGGACCGCGAACAGCUGGUUCAGAAAGCCAGGCUGGCCGAGCAGGCUGAGAGGUAUGACGAUAUGGCAGCUGCCAUGAAAUCGGUGACGGAGCUGAACGAAGCGCUGUCCAAUGAGGAGCGGAACCUGCUCUCCGUAGCCUACAAGAACGUGGUGGGCGCCAGGCGCUCGUCCUGGCGCGUCAUCUCCAGCAUCGAGCAGAAGACCUCCGCUGAUGGCAACGAGAAGAAGAUCGAGAUGGUCCGCGCCUACCGCGAGAAGAUUGAGAAGGAGCUGGAGGCCGUGUGCCAAGACGUGCUCAGCCUCCUCGACAACUUCCUGAUCAAGAACUGCAGCGAUGCCCAGCACGAGAGCAAGGUCUUCUACCUGAAGAUGAAGGGCGACUACUACCGCUACUUGGCAGAGGUGGCCACGGGCGAGAAGCGCGCCGCAGUGGUGGAGUCCUCGGAGAAGGCCUACAGCGAGGCGCACGAGAUCAGCAAAGAGCACAUGCAGCCCACGCACCCCAUCCGCCUGGGCCUGGCCCUCAACUACUCCGUCUUCUACUACGAGAUCCAGAACGCACCCGAGCAGGCCUGCCACCUGGCCAAGACGGCCUUCGACGACGCCAUCGCCGAGCUGGACACCCUGAACGAGGACUCCUACAAAGACUCCACCCUCAUCAUGCAGCUUCUGCGAGACAACCUGACGCUCUGGACGAGCGACCAGCAGGACGACGAGGGAGGCGAGGGCAACAACUAAAGAGGGCGGUGGGCCGGAAGACCUUCGUAACACACACCCGUCUCCUAGCUGUAAUACAAAACACGAGUGCUCACUAAACUAAAGAAAAACAAAAAAAAGUCAAAUUUAAAAGCAAAGUGAAAAAAAAUGACAGAAAGCGGGGCCUGGAGGAACCGCGGCAGCCACGUGCGCUGAUGGUCCUACCACAGCCGCAGUUCUCUUUAUUUUUCCACAAUUUGCAAAAAUUUAGCAAAUAAAAUCAUGAUUGACAAAAAUCUGAACAGAAACGCAGGUUAAAUAAAAGGUAUAGUGGCAAUUAAAAUUUGAAAAUUUAAAUUAAAAAUCAUAAUAAUCAGUUAAAAAAAAAAUCAAAACCCUCUUCCUUGGCUGCCUCUGCGACAUUUGCCAAAACGCCACUUUGAGGGGGAAAAAGCCUGUCCGUAAGUCAGAACUAAAUGACGAGGGUUUGAAACGCACCUAAACACUGGCAUAGGGACUGUUCUUGUAGUGAAACCUGAAGUUGAGCUGCUUAUUUCUGAGUGAGGAGUAAGUGUUUUGAAUUGUCAGGGGAAGAUAUAUUGAUGCUUGAGGAAAAACAAACAAACAAACAAACAAAAAACAAAGUUAAAACUUGAAUGUCAUCGCCUUGCAAAAGUAAGAGUUUGCAAAAAGGCUCCAGUGAGAAUGAAGGGCUGGGUAUUGUUUUGUCUCCGUUAGACGUAUUUGUGGAUCCUGAUGUGAGCCCAACACAGUCGGUCAGCCAUUAAAGCUGACCUGGUUAUCACACUGGUUACAGGCUGCAGGUCUAAACCGCAGUUUACACACAUUAAAUACAAUGCUGUUUCCAUUAUGAGCUGAAAGAAUUUGUUGCCCUUUAAACAAAAUCUACUACCACUCUUAUUAUCAUUAUUAUUAUUGAUAUAGUUUGGACAUUUAGGGUGUCAAGGAAGAUGAACAAUUAAAAAAAAUAUAUAUUUCCAGUGCUAUUACAGUGUAAUACCAUAUUCCACAAAAUGCACUCUAUAUAUUCUACCAUGACAUUACUUCAAAAGUAAUCCCUAGCAAAGCAACAUAUAAAAAUGUGAGAAACACCUCCCCUCCCCUCCCCUCCUGGUUCUUAGAUGGCCCCUAUUCACUUGGAUCCUUGUCGUGAUACACUGAACAGAAUCAACUGGAACCGUGUGACUGUUUCCUUUUUGGUGGACAGACAGUACAGUUAGAGGCAUAACACUGGCAAUGUCAAAAUGGGAGAUGAUCUUAAAGCAGCUUUGAGGUUAGUGUUUUUUUUUCUUCUUCUUUUUUGUUUACUUUUUUAAUUUCCGAAAAAUGCACUUGCCUAUUAUACUGUUUCUCAGUGUAAGAUGAUUACUGCUCCAAUAUUCUCGAUUAUACAAUAUUGUGCAUGCUGGUGAUGUAUUUAUAUAACGUAGCUUGACUUUAUUAACUUAAAACUGUAGAUGUUAUGUAUUCAUAUGAACAAGAAAUUACCAGAAUUCAAUCUAUUGUUUUUUAUUUAUUACUUUCUAUUGGAUUGUUUAAAAAAAAAAAAAAAUUUUUCCUUCGAUUUUUGUUUUUAUUUAAAUUUCUUUGCUAAAGUGCGCUAUACCAAAACAGUGAUUGUUAACCAUAAACUGAUCUGUUCUGGGCGUUGCUGUGGUGACAUGCAAUUCUUGUAUUUGGGUUUUAAUAAACAAAGGAGUAAAAAGACAAAAAAAAAAAAAAAAAAAAAAAAAAAAAAACAUACACACACCAGUGUUAGCUUUGUUAGCUUAACGCUGUCUGUCUGGUGUUUUGUCAUGGUGAAAUUACGAUCGCAUUGUAAUGAUUAAUGUUGUUCUUAGAAUGACCUUUCCUCGUGUGUUUUUUUUUUUCUCGUCACAUUAUACAGUGAGAUAGUGAUGACUGAUCAGUGUAUAUCAGUUCCUCAGAAUCUGCGUUUCUCUAAGGAAUUCACUCACGGACCAUAAUUUACUAAUUUAUGAAUUCUUUUUUUUUUUUCUUCUCCUUUUAGCUGUCCCUCCUGAUAUCUUAAAUGUGAGUCAUGUAGCGGAUGCAGAAGAGAAAAUAACAACAAUAAUAAUAAUAAUGAUAAUAAAAAGUGAAUUAAAACAUAACAACAUUCUUCUAACCACAUUUCAGUGAUGCUGUUGUAUUCCGGAUGAGUCACAUCCGUAUGACCUCAUCAGUAGAAAAAGUUGUUUCCUAAUGUGUUGCUGCUUUGUGAAAAUUAUGUUUCGGAGGUCCCUGCAAACAUCUGCAAAAUGGUAGCACAUUUUAGCAAAAGAUGCUAGCAUUAUACGGCUUGAAUGAAAUAUAUUGUGUAUAGAGUUACAGAGACAAAGUCAACAAGCAGAAGUGUAUAGGCUGGUCAGAUGUAACUGAUUCCUGAGAUAGACACACACACACUGUUUGACACCCAGUGUCCUAGAUUAACCCCCCCCCCCCCCAGCCCUGCCCACACAGUCCAUUCAGCCACUCAGUACCAUCCUCUGCCAUCUCCCAGAUUGCUAAGCGCUUCCUUUGCUAAUGCCAUAUCUGUAACCGGCAUCUGGCACUCAAUUACUGCCAACAGUUUCAGUUUGUGAGUUGCUUCAACAAGGACUUCACUCUUUUUCCUCAAAACACUAUAUUAGGAAAGAUUCUUAGUAACCUCUGCUUGGGAAAAUAAAUAAAUAAAAAUAAUGAGAGGAAAGAGAUUUGCUGGUGUCUUAGUUCAUAUCUCAUAUUAUGCUCUAAAAUAAGAACCCCCUGCUAAAUUUAGAAUCUGACACUUAUAAUUGGCCUCCACUAGCUUGCUAUAAACACUAACACGGUGACACAGGGACUAUGUUUUGAAUCAUCAACAUCCAAUAAUUUCCCCUGUUAAACUGCUUUAGUGUCAGUGUACUCUGUGUCAGGCUGCUCACACAUACUCUAACCCACAAUUGCAUAUUGAGACAUAAUAUCUGUGGUACUUUAGCUGAUGGUGUAUGUUUUAUUGAUACUGAAUUGCUUCAAAGGUGUUAACUGUGCCUAAAAUAAAUAAAUAGCAAAGAAUGGCAGGGUUCUGAUGA